AGACAUGUUUUGUGCAGGACGAGUUCAAGAAGAUGAYCYUCUCCGUACAAUGAAGGCAUGUGGUGGUGCCAUUCAAACAUCAGUAAACAGCAUGACGGAYGACAUACUUGGCCGAUGUGAAAUGUUUGAAGAAAACCAAAUUGGUGGAGAAAGAUACAACAUAUUCUCUGGCUGUCCUCAAGCACAAACUUGUACAAUAAUCCUCCGAGGUGGAGCUCAGCAGUUCAUGGCCGAAACAGAACGUUCCUUGCACGAUGCAAUCAUGAUUGUGAGAAGAGCUAUCAAAAAUGMCUCGGUAGUGGCUGGAGGAGGAGCAAUUGAAAUGGAACUCAGCAAAUACUUACGGGACUAUUCAAGAACCAUUGCCGGCAAAGAACAACUGUUGAUUGGUGCAAUGGCCAAGGCUUUUGAGAUCAUCCCACGUCAGCUGUGUGAUAAUGCUGGCUUUGAUGCCACUAAUGUGUUGAAUAAACUAAGACAAAAGCACUUCCAGGGUGGUUUGUGGUAUGGAGUAGACAUUAACAGAGAAGACAUAGCUGACAAUUUUGAAGCGUGCGUGUGGGAACCAGCUGUUGUUAGAAUCAACGCCAUUACAGCAGCAUGUGAAGCUGCCUGCCUAAUUUUAUCUGUUGAUGAAACUGUCAAGAAUCCUAAGUCAGGUGAUGGUGGACCACCAGGGGCAAUGCCAGGAAUGGGGAGAGGGCGUGGUCGUCCGCGAUAGACUUUGGGUGCGAGUUGAUAAAUCUUUCAGCUCUAGUCUUUGCAUUAGAAAUGUGGCACAGCAAGGAAGAAUCCAAUAGCUUUGAAGCCAGUGAGAACACAAAGAAUUUGU